AUGUCCAGCGGCGCGAAAACCGAGCAGCCAGCGCCCGUACCUCGUACCGUCCUCACCACCCUUUACACCCACCUCACGUUAUCCGUCGGCGCAACAACUCUCUGCACUCUCAUACUGGCCCGACACGUCACGUACGAGCUUCUUCCCACCCUCCUAAUCGUUCUGCCCCUCCUCGCCGGGAUAUGGGCAGCGAGCCUGGCCGCUUUCGCCCGCUCUCGCUCAAUCUUGAAGAGAGCCCUCGGAUUCACAACUCACACCGUCGCCGCAGCCCUAGUCAGCGUAAUCCUUACGCUCAUCCUCACGAUCGCUCAGCCCAUCUUCCAGACUCUGCUCUAUCCGAUCCUUGCGCGCGCCCUCCUCACCCUCUGGUCGAGUGUUGUGGCUACCCUCGUCGUCAUUCAGACCACGGCUUCUGAUUCCAUCACCCACACUCGCCUCGCCGUUGCCACAUUGAUAGGCGGCACAAUCUCGACCCUCGCACUGGCGUACUUGAACUUUUGGGCCGAGGUCCCGACCACGAUCCUGACCGCUGCAGUGCUGCAUGUCCUCGUCAUCCCCGAUGUCUCGCGCCUCUCUAUCCAGUCUAGAGCCGACGCGGUGCUCGCAGCACAUAGCUUUGGAUCGUCGUGGCUGUUGACGAUCCUGCUGCGGGACGAUGAGAAGCGCGGGGAGAAGGAGGAUGUUUAG